GAGUGCGCAGACGGCCCGCGCGCAGUAUACUAAGAAAAAUCGGCGCGAGAACCUGCGCAAUCAAUGUGGUGUGACGUUUGACAGUGAUUUGAAUUUGAAUAGUGACUGAAUUUAAGAAGAGAUGUGGCGGCAAAUAUAUUUGUUUUGGCUGCUUAUAGUCUAUGCAGCAGCAAUCAAAGUGCCAGUGGACAAUAAAGAAGAAACCACAACUCUGGUAGUCAACGACACGAGUCCAACUCCAGAUGCUCCCAUUUACUAUGAAUCAGAUGAACCUAAAAUAGACAGCUAUCUCAUACCGCCCAACACGCACAAUGCAGAGGACAAACAAGAUCUAAUCCCUACAUAUCUCCUUCCUCCCACACAAGAUAAGCAGGAGGACUAUUAUGUUGUGCCGACUGAUGCAACACAGUCAGACUGGUACCCCAUACAAUCAGAUCCGCAAAAUAACCCGGCCAUCUUACCGCAGUCUUUACCUCAAAUAAAUCCUAGCAUUUUACCUGAAUCACUCUCUCAGGGUCAGAGCUUUAUUUUAUCACAAGGACAACAAGACGAUAUCCCAAUAUUUAUGGUAGGAGAUAACCUUCCUCCGCGAUUUGAACAUGUUAGAGCAGGAAAAGCACACAAGCUACAAAAACAAGACAUACCUGUGCCGUCAAGACACCUGGAACCUCCAGCGGAGGAUGCCGAAAAUCAUUUCCUCUUGCCUACUCCCACAGCGGAAUUGGAAUUACCAUAUCAGGAACAAAAUCAACAGUUCGUGGCACCGUCAGAGGAGGUAUACGAACUACCUAUCAGGGGACCCAAUCAUAAAUUUAAUCCAUUAAAUAACAAGCCUAUAAAUUUCCGACUCAAGCCGGCUGAGCCGACUCUCUCGUUACAUCUCACGCCGCCAAAGCCCCUUCUGUCGAAACACAAAAAUCCCACAAAAUUGUAUCCUAAAAAAUAUCCAGGGGGAUUCCGGCCCGUGCCGAUUCCUUUAACCCAGUUUGAAGAGGAAUCUUCAGCCGAAGUCCCCAAAGCGAAUCCUGCGAAACCGUUUAAUCCCGCCGCUGAUCCUGAUUCUGAAUAUUCGAAACCGAGCGAUAAAGAUGCUUACUUGUACGAGAAACUCAAGCAAAAGCGUAAACUGAGGAAGGAAAAAGCCGCUAAGCAACACCUCCCGCCGUUAGAAGAACCGACACACGGUAAACCAGUUUCAGAGCAAGAAACUUCCGAAACACACUUCAGAUACCCUGGACGCAACGUGUACCCGACGCCGCUCCGGCAAGCUCCGCCGACGCCGCAUCCGCAGCCGCUCUCAGGCGGAGCGCCCUCUAAGCCUCCGCCGGCAGGGGACCGCACGGAAUUCCGCAUGCACGGCAUGAAGGGGCCUCAUAGCUACCAGUUCGGUUACGAUACGGGGAAGGGUAAAAACCGCCAAUUCCGUUUCGAGGAGCGCGACAACGACGGGCACGUGCGCGGACACUACGGCUACGUGGACAAACACGGCAAACUGCGGGUCAUCAACUAUGACGCCGACCCCCAACUCGGCUUCCGUGCCGAGGCUCCCGUGGAGUCGGAGCCGUGAUCACUUAUAUGAGUGCAAAAGGACUUAUUGUGUACCAAUAGGGCCCACUUGCACCAUCUCACUAUCCCGGGGUUGAGCGGUUAAACCGUUAACCUAGUGUCAAAUUGUACUGGCAACCAUGGUAACUCCAGGUUUAACCAGUUAACCCCGGGCUAGUGGAAUGGUGCAAGUGGCGCUAGGUGUCAAAGGUACACAGAUUUAGAUUCUAAUUUAUUAUUUCAGUCUCCGAAAAUUAAGGACAUUUGUGAAAUACUUUACCACAUGACACUAGAAUUGAGGAAUGUCUUUUCAAAAGGGCCUAUUUGUGUAUGGUCUUAAAUUAUUCAUAAGCCCUCUCUUAGACACUCCUCAAUUACCUACAAGCCAAAGUUACGUCGGGAGCGGUUGUUGCCAAUACAAGUCACAACCGGAAACUUAGGCUGCAGUUUCCUUUAUUUUUGGGAAUAGAAGAGACAAAAUUUGUUUGUGUGUAAGUAUGUGUAUGAACAGCAACUAGUAUAAACAGCAACUCGUAAGUGUACAUCGGUGGACCUUAUUACAGACCUUAUUACAAAAGGCAUAAGGUCCACUGAUGUACAGUUAACAGUGUGUAUUGAUUGCAAAGUGACGCGCAACCCAGGCGAGAGAGAAAUUGGCAUGAUUUAUGUUGUUUAGCUGUCAAAAAAUAUAUUUCCUUUAGCUCCUUUAGAAACCAAACCCUACUACGCUUCAGUUUCGGUCCUACUAAGCUUUGUACGUGCCUUUUCCAGAAAUAUAUUGGUUAAAACUAAAGUUAAACCAAGUCAGUAUUUCAGUUAUUGAUAUAAGGGUUAAUUUUGGUUUGGCCUGUGAGAUAGGUUUUUAUUUCACAAGAUUUGUAUGCAAGAAGCUUACAUUACACAUGGAAUAAAAUUGUACAUUAAAAAGAAAUGUCUAUUGCAUUUAGAGUUAUUAUUCAAUGUGAUUUAUAAUUUAAUUUUAGAUUAUAAAUUAUGUUUAGUUUAUUACGUAAGUAUAUAACAUACCUCUCUUUAUAGAAUAUAGGUAUCGGUGUCAUAUUUUAUAAAUAAUAUAGAUCAUAAUGAUUACUUAUGAUAGGUAUGUGUACGUAGAAUCGGUAGGCGUAUUUUAUAAUUUUAUAACAAAAUAAAAUAAAUAUAUUUAAACAA